UUCAGUAUAGAUAGGAGGGCGACGUGAGUGUAGCUGCUGUCCAGACUCUCAAGUCCCACCGAGAAAUACUUAUUUCUUGCAUCGAUCUUUCGUGAGUAUAUAUUGUCUGUCAUUGUCGCCACGACGAGAUAUUUGGAGCAAGAUCCCCAUUAUUGUCGUCGCCAUGCCGUGUCUCAGACGGGCUUGCAGUUCAUGCCAACUUGGUUCAGACCACCAAGACAGCGAAAGGAAGUUCACCGCACCCCAACCCACCAACCUUUUGCUGUCCUGUACUGCGGUUAGCUGGUGACUAUACCUAGAGCUGUGAAAUUCUUCCUUGGUACUGAAUUAUACCUAGAGCUUUCCGACUUUGACCUUCGUAGUGUGUAUGCUAACCACUCUCGCUGACAUACCUUCAGUUUCGCAGAACUGAUUGUGACCGUGAGCCGAUAGACGGAGGGGAGGCUUCGUUCGUGUGCAACCAGGUUAGGACUCCUCAGGCAAGUCGUUCGAGUGGGCAUUGCUCCACGAUCUGCGCCAGACUGAAUCGCUGAGAUGGUCUUCGCUCAGCACGUUUUGUCACCGGUUGCAGACGGACGAGACCGAGCGUCGUCUUGGAGUAGGAGAAGGACGAGGAGCAGGAGCAGGAGGCGAUGGCGGAACCAGAUCUCGACGAAAUGCCGAGCAGAGGCGUGAUCGAUUUGGCCGGGCUGCAAGUGGAUACUUACUACACCGUCGUAGUUGCCACAGCGGUCGUUCUAUUGUUCAUCCUGAAGGCCGUGUGGCCCAGCAAGAAGCUGGCUCCCGGUCCCCGUCCCCGACCCUUCGUGGGCAAUCUCUACGAAGUCAAGCCCGUCCGAUUCCGAUGUUUCAUGGAAUGGGCGGAGAAAUACGGACCGAUUCUUUCCUUCUGGAUGGGCACGACGUUGAAUACUGUGGUUUCUUCAGCUGCUCUGGCGAAAGAGGUGCUGAAAGACCAAGAUCAGUUUCUGUCUGGGCGACCGCUGACGAGAGCUGCAGCUCGCUUCAGCCGAAAUGGCCAAGAUCUCAUUUGGGCGGACUACGGGCCGCAUUACGUCAAGGUCCGGAAGCUCUGUACUCUCGAGCUCUUCACCCACAAGAGGCUGGAGGCGCUGCGCUCUGUUCGAGAGGAAGAGGUUGGGGGCAUGGUGAACGCCAUCUACAAUGAUUGUCAAACCGGAGCGGGGACUGUCGAUGUUAAGACUUAUCUUUCCGCAGUCGCCUUCAACAACAUCACCCGCAUUGUGUUCGGGAAGAAGUUCGUGAACCAGGAUGGGGAGAUCGAUGCUCAGGGGAAGGAGUUCAAGGCUGUCAUCGCCGAGGGAAUGAAGCUCGGCGCGUCGUUGAAAACUUCCGAGCACAUCAAGUACCUCCGAUGGAUGUUCCCUCUGCAGGAAGAGGCUUUCGCGAGGAACAACGCGCGGCGUGACAAUUUGACCAAGGCAAUCAUGCAAGAGUUCGCCACAGGAGGUGGUGACAGGGGCAGUGACGCAGAUUCUGCCGGCUCGAGCCAGCAUUUCGUGAAUGCUCUGCUCAACUUCCAAAAGCAAUACGACCUCAGCGAGGUCACCGUCAUCACGCUUCUUUGGGACAUGAUCACCGCCGGCAUGGACACCACGGCGAUCACGGUGGAAUGGGCAAUGGCGGAGCUCAUCCGCAACCCGGACGUGCAGAGGAAAGCUCAGGAGGAGCUGGACAACGUGGUUGGAUAUGAGAGAGUGGUUACCGAGGGUGACUUCCGCGACCUCCCGUACCUUCAGGCGGUUGCGAAGGAGGCCCUCCGAUUGCAUCCUCCGACACCCCUCAUGCUCCCGCACAAGGCGACCGAAGAUGUGAAGGUUGGAGGGUUCGACAUUCCCAAAGGCUCGACCGUGCAUGUCAACGCUUUCGCCAUCGCUCGUGACCCCAGCACUUGGAAGGAUCCGGAGAGCUUCAGACCUGAGAGAUUUCUGGAGGAGGAUAUCGACAUUAAAGGUACUGACUUCAGAGUUAUCCCCUUCGGCGCCGGCAGAAGAGUGUGCCCUGGCGCACAGCUCGGGCUUGUUCUGGUUCAAAUUAUGUUGGGACGAUUGUUGCAUCACUUCACUUGGUCUCCUCCCGAGGGUAUGCGCCCCGAGGACAUCGAUCUCACGGAGCGCCCCGGAGUUGUCACAUUUAUGCUCAAGCCUUUGCAAGCAGUGGCCACUCCGAGAUUGCCUUCAGCUCUUUACAGGACUGUGUGAUGCUAUCGCAUUCUAGCCUUGGUCUCGUCGAGACACUACGACAUUGCAUCGGCUCAAGGGCCCUACUGAUGCAAGCUGGGCAUUGCCGGCGGCCAUAUCCAACUUCUGAAAGUGGACGCGCUUCGGUCCAAGGAGGAGAAUGUGGUGAACCACCAGCGCAGUUGCAGCUCGCAAACCUUUUGCUGCGGCUGCUUAUACGCGAAGAUGUCAUGUAAGAUAUGAUGCUCACCGAGUUCGCACUGCUUCUAUUCGGUGCCGCUGAAGUACCGCAUAUAUUAGCAGGUACUUGGCAUUUGGUUUCUGCAUGUGAUUCUUGUGUGGUCGAAACACUACGCUCAGCUCUGUGGUAUCACUCCAGCAUUUUGGAAAGCCCUUAGAAGCAGUGGCUGUCACGAUGCUGUCAAGCUGUGGGUCUAUGGAUUUGCAUCUGGUUUUGGUGGGAGGAAGAGAUCUUGCCCUCUUCUUUUGUCAAUAGAUAGAAGGAUGGUGCAGGACAGAGCAGUACGAGUUUUUUCAAACUGGACCUUAGUUUUUCGACUGGCAAGCACUCCCACCGUGUUCUAUACAGCAGGUUGUUGAAAAAAGUGUGUACUCUUCUGUCCAAUCAUAAUGCACUUAUACUUUAAAAUUUUACUCUCUUCUUUCGGUUUCGAUACUUGCCCUGUCCUUCACC